GGAUUCCACCCCACAUGGCACCUGCAUUGUUCAGUAAUAAAAGUCCACCAAUUCCCAAGAUAAAUGACUAUUCUAUGCAUCUUGACCAUUCUUUAUUUAUUGUUGUCGAAACGAUAAACCUUUUUUUCUGAAACCAUGCACAUUUUUUUGGUAGUAUUAUAAUGUUCAAUGGAUCUGAAAUUCAUCUCUGCCUCUGCAACUCUCAGAAUUUCAUGCUGUGAAAUAAGGAUCUGGAGCAGAAGUUGUAGAUCCUGAAAUUUUCACUGUGUAGAGUUUGGACCAAAGUUAGAGUUUUUGAGAGACAUCUUUGAGAAUGAGAUACGUGGAAGACAAAGGGUGCUAUAACAACAAUGGACCAACACAAGAGACCCCAAAUAGCAGUGCCAUGUACUCAGAGUUUCACAAAGGAAAAGAUGCUACUAGUGUCUCCAACCACCACCAUCGAGCAACCAUGGGAAAACCAACACCUUCUAAGUGGGACGAUGCACAAAAAUGGCUUGUGGGGUUGUCAAAAGGUGGUGGAGAGAAAAGCCACUCCAAAAGCAAGCCAAGAAACUCAAACGCAGAUGAUUUGAGACUCAUAGCACCUGUGCCACAGAAGGAGAAUGAUUACUCAAGUAGCGAGAAGGAAGAGGAGGAAAAUGAUGCAUGCCAUGAUUUCAUCAUGACUAAUAAUAUUAUUAGUGCUAAUGCUACUGCUGCUCAAUAUGAAGCUGAAGCCAAAAGGGUGGAAUGUGAUGAGUCAAAUUGGAGAAGCAAUAAUAACAAUAAUAAAAGGUCUUCAGAAAAUUACACAAUCCAAGUGCAACCAAUAUGUUUCAGAGACAUGGGGACUGAGAUGACACCAAUUGCUAGCCAAGAGCCUUCAAGAACUGGGACACCAAUUAGAGCCACAACUCCUGCUACUAGAAGCCCAAUUCAUUCAGGGGCUUCAACUCCAAUGAGGGGUCAAAAUGGGUCACAACAUGUUGCUGAGACUACUAGGAAAUGUGGAAAUGGAGAAGGAUCAACAAGCCCUUGCAAGAGGACUCAUGAAGAUCAUCAAGCUAGAAAGUUGAGUCCUCUAGAAAGCCGAGCAAUGGCUUGGGAUGAGGCCGAACGUGCCAAAUAUAUGGCCAGGUUCAAGCGUGAAGAGGUGAAGAUUCAAGCCUGGGAAAAUCAUCAGAUAAGAAAAGCUGAAAUGGAAAUGAAGAAAAUGGAGGUGAAGGCUGAGAGAAUGAAAGCAUUGGCACAAGAAAGGUUUACAAAUAAACUAGCUUCGACUAAGAGGAUAGCUGAAGAGAAACGAGCUAAUGCACAAGUGAAGCUGAAUGACAAAGCUUUGAGGGCUACUGAAAGGGUUGAGUAUAUAAGAAGGACAGGACAUGUGCCUUCUUCUUUCUCUUUAAGCUUUAAGUUGCCUUCCAUUUGCUGGUAGUAGCAAUUUUGCAACCAAUAUAUGUAAUAUCUUGUCGUGUGAAAUAUAAAACCUUCAGUACAAUUGGUAAAAUUUAUCAUGAAGCUGUUGACAUAUAUAAGGUAAUGUUUCAUUAAAUUA